AUGUUGGUUUUAUCACUACUGUGCAUAGUUGCUGCUGUAACAGCAAAUUCUGAAUGCAUCUGGGCGAUCCGAGUCAUUGAUGCUAUUGAUCCUGAUGAUAAAGCUGGUUUGACAGUGGUAGAUGGAGAGGAUGGAAUGUUCAAGGUGGAAGGGUGCGCAUCAGAUGUUGACUGGUUGGGACCAAUCCACAUCAACAGACCAGAGUUUUACUUCAAAAUCAGACAUUCAUGCAACUCAGACAAAUUAGAGGAGAUUACUGUGUUCCCACCAACGAUGAAAGUAUUUGCGCCAAAAACUAUGGAUCACUUCGUCGACCAUCCUAUUGUUCUCGAUCGAGAAUAG